UCCGAAUUUCAAAAGAUAUUUUUUUUCCAGAUAACCCAUGAUUACAAAUUGAGUAUUUUCAUCUCAAAUUGUGGUCAAAUUUUUCUUCAUAAUGGAUCGUGAUCAGUUAGUGCAGAAAGCCAUCUUAGCCGAACAGGCUGAUCGAUUUGAAGACAUGGCUGAAUUCAUGAAAGGGGCCAUAAAACUCAUGGACGAUUCCGCAACUACAACGCCAGAAGAACGAAAUCUGCUUUCGGUAGCCUACAAAAACGCAGUCGGGUCACGAAGAGCUGCUUGGAGAGUCAUUUCGAAUAUCGAAGAGCGGCAAGUGGCUGGUAUAAACUCACAAGUUAUGAAAAAUUAUCGCGAGCAGGUUGAAAAAGAGCUGGAAGAACUUUGCGUUGAAGUCUUGGACCUUGUUGAAAAUCACCUUGUUCCGAAUGCGGAGAAAAAGUUGAAAGAAGAAUCUCAGAAAGAUUCCUCUGAAUUAGUUGUUAGUCUUGUUUUCUAUCUUAAAAUGAAAGGCGACUAUCAUAGGUAUUCGGCCGAAAUUAAAAGCGACGAAAGUGAUCCCGAAAAUAACUCAUCUACUCAGAAAGCGGCAGAAGCUUAUAAACAAGCAGCGGAGCAUGCUUCCAAGCUAAAUGCCACACAUCCUGUGAGGCUGGGCCUAUUUCUAAACUACUCCGUAUUUCAAUACGAGAUCUUAAAGCGACCACAAGAUGCUUGUGAGUUGGCAAAACAAGCAUUUGAUGACGCCAUUGCGUACUUGGACAAUGUCGGAGAAGAUAGUUAUAAAGACGCGACACUCAUCAUGCAGUUGCUGCGAGACAAUUUAACUCUGUGGGCAUCUGAACAAAGUGAGGAAACAGAAAAACAAGAAGAAAAUUGAGUGUCGUUAAGUCGACGGGAUAAAACACCGUGUAUAGACUUUACUAUGGGCAAUAAUCAUCUUCUAUAAAGAUAGCUUUUGUUAUACAUCCUAGUUCAAAUUACCAUUUUGUAAAUUUCUGUAGUAUAAUUUCUUACAAAUUUAAAUGCGUUUUUUAAAA